AGCAGAUAAAUAGCCAUGCUGAGUCAAGAAGGAACAAGGAGACUUAGGACUUGUCUCUUGUUGUAAAGUGUUUUACUGAUGCAACAAUGUGGAUGCACACACAUCUGGAUGCUGGCUUCAAUGUUGCUGAUGUUGACCACCAGGCUGGCUGGGGGUGACACCAUCAAGUCUGCACAAUCUACCAACGCCACAAAUGACCAUGAAAGGGCGCAUAUUGUGUCCUUUAUGUGGGAGCAUGUGCAUACCCCUUAUACGGUGGCAUCAUUGGUACUUUUGGCUUUUUUGGCUAAACUAGUGAUCGAGGCCAACCACCACGUGACCAACAUCAUCCCAGAGAGCGCCCUGCUCAUCUGCUUCGGCUUCCUCCUGGGCGGCAUCAUCUUGGCCGCAGACAAGGUGCAGAUCUUCAAGCUGACCCCCACUGUCUUUUUCUUCUUCCUUCUGCCUCAAAUCAUCCUGGACGCGGGCUACUUCAUGCCCAACAAGCUGUUCUUCAGCAACUUUGGCACCAUUCUGGUCUACGCCAUCAUCGGGACCUGCUGGAACGCUGCCAGCCUGGGUCUCAGCCUCUGGGGUUGUCACAUGGGAGGAGUCAUGGGUAGCGUGGACAUAGACCUGCUCCAGUUUCUUUUGUUCGGGAGUCUGAUUUCUGCUGUGGACCCGGUGGCUGUCUUCGCUGUGUUUGAAGAGGUCCACGUCAACGAGGUCCUCUUCAUCCUGGUCUUUGGAGAGUCCCUGCUCAAUGACGGCGUGACAGUGAUGCUCUUCAAAAUGUUUGAGGCAUUUGUUUCCCUGGGAGCAUCCAACAUUGAUGCUGUGGAUAUAAUCAGCCAAAUAGUUUCCUUCUUUGUAGUGGCGUUGGGCGGCUCCCUCCUCGGCGUGGCGUUUGGGUUUCUGCUCUCCCUUCUGACCAGGUUCACUAAAAACAUCCAGAUAAUCGAACCGGGCUUCAUCUUUGUGGUGGGGUACCUCUCCUACCUCACUGCCGAGAUGCUCUCCCUCUCCGCCAUCCUUGCAACCGUCUUUUGCGGCGUGACCUGCAAGAAGUACAUCAAUGCAAACAUGGAUGAAAAGUCGGUGACCACCGUCAAAUACGCCAUGAAGGUGCUCGCCAACGGCUCGGAAACCAUCACCUUCGUUUUCCUGGGCAUGUCGGCCAUUGAUAAAACCAUCUGGGUGUGGAACACGAGCUUCAUCUUCCUCACGCUGAUUUUCAUCUUUGUGUAUCGCUUCAUAGGUGUGUUUUUCCUGACCUGGAUCAUGAACAAGUUCCGACUGGUUCACCUGGAGGUCAUCGAUCAGAUCAUUAUGAGCUACGGGGGCCUGCGAGGGGCCAUUGCCUACGGCCUGGCAGUGAUGCUGGACGACAACAAGAUAGGGGAAAAAAAAUUAAUGAUCUCCACGACUCUGAUUGUAGUUUAUUUCACUGUCAUCAUCCAGGGCCUGACACUGAAACCUCUUGUCACAUGGCUGAAAGUAAAGAGGGCUUCAGACGCCGACCCAACUCUUAUAGAGACCGUUCAGAGUAAGGUCUUCGAGCACAUGCUCGUCGCCAUCGAAGAUAUCGCCGGACAAUUUGGUCCCAACUAUACGAUGGACAAGUGGAAUCACUUUGAGGAAAAGUGGGUGUCGGCUAUCUUGAUGAAACCAUCCGCAAGAAAGAACCGCGACUAUGUCUUCAAAGUUUUCCAUCAGCUCAACCUCAGGGACGCCGUCAGCUAUGUGGCCGAGGGUGAACGCAACGGCUCUUUGGCGCUUAUCCGGAAUCAUUCUGGAUUUAUUGAAAUGGAGAAAAAAUUUGGUCGAAGAUCUCCAGAGGCGGAUUUGGAACGCAUUCGUCGUACCUCUAUGCAGAAAAGAGAGGAGGAGCCAUAUGUGAGCUUGGAAAUGCGGAAGCUGACCAUGGAUGGUGCAAAGGACACGGAGGACUUCAGUCACCAUCUCCUGCAGAAGCACUUGUACAAGGCCAGAAAACAGCACCGGCAUAGGUACAGCCGCAGCUAUAUUGAAGUCAACAAGGACAAAAACGAGGUGCACGAGAUCUUCCGGAGGACCAUGAAGAGUCGUUGGGAGUUGUUCAAGUCCGCCAAGAUGGGUGCCACUCUGCAGAAGACACUGAGCGCGCAGCAAUGGAAAAACAGUAAAUCUAAGAUGUCAAUGGGAAACUUGAACAACGUGGAAGAAGACGUGUCCGAGGACGACAGCACCUCCAGCAAUGGGUCUGAUGAGUUGCAAAGCAAGGCGGACCCUCAAAGACCAGAAGCUGAAUAUGUGAGGCCAACCUUCACGCUGGAGUUCGAGUCCACAGAAGGAACGUCCAAGACUGAAGCUGACGGCACCACGGCGGGCCCCUCGCAGGAGGCUGGAGGUGGAACGGAACGCCGCGCACCGCAGACGCCAGACACAAACUCCUUCACAUCAGCCGGGGAGGAGCAGCUGCCACCAGUAAACCCGCCACCUUCUAACGUCGACAGCAACGUGUAGCCUCCAGUCUCACUGACAAAGACACAGAAACUCACACAAGACUUUUGCACUUGUCUCCUGUGAUGUAUUGUCAAGGCAAAAGGAGAGUGUGCACAAUAACAAAACAAGUAUAGUAAACACAACAUGGCUCAUCCUUGGGUGAUGUUGUAUGAUCAGACAAGAAUGCUGAGAGCCUCAGAAAUAUUUUGCACAUUGAAGAUGCUAAAAGCAACCGCAUGCAGCUUAAAAAUAUGCUAUCUGAGAA